AUGACAACUCAGGAGGGGAGCCCACCGUCCGCUGGUAGUUCACUUUGCAAUACGUUGCAUAUUGCCACAUUUGUCGGACUUGUUGUCAUGACUGAUGACCAGGCUGAAGAACGCGACAAGAUUAUCAACCGAAUUAAGUUGACCCCGACCAUUCCACCUAAAUGGCUUGUUGAACGAUCCGAAGAAACGUUGGUAAAUCUGGACUACCUUACAGAAGUUUAUAAAGAAGCGAGACGCUUGCGAUACCGAAAAGAAGGUCGUCCCGGCGCAGCUGAAGACUCUUUUGGUAUGACCGAGACUCCCAAUCCAAGAUCUUCCAGUCCAACUGCCAUGGCCAGAUCCAUCCCAUUUGAUGCGAGUAGACGCGCCAGAAGAGGUGACUUGAUAAACAUCCGGAUGGAAUCGCCAGAGGCAGACACUCCUGAAGGAUUGGAUUCGACUGCCGUACUUUUUCGGUUAAUUACAUACCUUGUCCCUUUUCCAAUGAGUUCCGUGACAAGAGCAUCUGCAUGA